CCGUGUCUCCCCGGUUUGUGGCCGGAGAGCCGCAGCAGGCCGCUACACACGGAGGCGGAUCAGAGCUCCUGAAGCCGCGGAGCGCGGAUCUGCUGCCCAAAGCGCGCAUUAUGCAGGCGGACUGGCCGGGAUGGACACAGCGCUAAUGCUGGGGAGAGGAACCGGCCUCUUCUUCAUCAUCCUCUUCUCCACCAGAGGAUCCCGGGCGCAGAAAGGUGAUGGCUGUGGGCACACUGUGCUUGGGACAGGCAGUGGCAGCUUAGCAUCUCUGGGCUAUCCUUUGUCUUACCCGACACACUCAGUUUGCGAGUGGGAGAUCAGUGUGAGUGCAGGAGACACGCUCGUCCUGCGUGUGGCCGACCUCGAUAUCCACACACAAAACUGCCAGGUGUCCUACUUGCGGCUGUUCAAUGGCAUCGGAGCAGGCAGGACAGAAAUCGUUAAGCUGUGUCAUGGAGAUGUGAGCGGGUCGAGGGUGGUAGAGUCAGCUGGCCAUCAGGUCACAGUGCAGUUCAUGAGUGGACCUCACAGCCAUGGCCGAGGAUUCUUCCUCUCUUAUGCCAGCAGCAAACACCAAGAUCUGAUCACCUGUUUGGAGAAAGGAAAUGACUUUGCUGAAGCUGAAUUCAGUAAGUUCUGUCCUGCGGGGUGUCUGACUGACUUUGGUGAGGUGUCUGGAACCAUCCCCCAUGGCUACAGAGACUCCUCACCCCUGUGUCUGGCUGGUAUCCAUGCUGGUGUGGUGUCAAAUGCACUGGGGGGUGCGGUCAGUGUGGUCAGCAGCAAAGGCAUCCCACACUAUGACAGCACACUGGCCAACAAUGUCACCUCUGUAGCGGGGAACCUCUCCCCCAGUCUCUUCACCUUUAAAACCAGCGGCUGUUAUGGCACACUGGGUCUGGAGUCGGGUGUGGUCAGUGACUCUCAGAUCUCCGCCUCCUCUAUGUGGGAAUGGGGUCGUCAUGGCGACAAGCCAUCUGUCUGGGCACCCUCGGGGUCUCGGCUGAAAAGGGUGGGGCUUCCAUGGGCAGCUGCGAAUAGUAACUCAAAAGAGUGGGUACAGGUGGAUCUGAAGAGAGACAAAAAAGUAACAGGAAUAAUCACCACUGGCUCCACCCUACCUGAGUUCCAGUUUUAUGUUUCUAAUUAUCGUGUGCACUACAGCAAUAAUGGACAGGACUGGACAGCCUAUCAGGAAGCAGGCUCAAAUCAAGAGAAGGUUUUCCAAGGAAACACCAACUACCUUCAGGAAGUGCGGAAUAACUUCAUUCCACCAAUUGAAGCCCGGUUUAUUAGAAUAUGCCCCUCCCAGUGGCACCAGCAGAUUGCCCUCAAAAUGGAACUGCUUGGCUGUCAGUUACAUUCAGCGAGGCCACGAAUAUUCUACCCUGCACCUCCUCCUCCACAAAGAAGCACUACACCUCCAUUACAGCGCCGGACAACACACACACCCAGUGUUCGAAACACCACCAUGCCCCAACACCCUCAUAAUGAGGUGGCACUCGUGGCAGUGUUGGUCCCUGUGCUGGUGGUAGUUCUCACUGCUCCAGUGCUAGUCAUAGUGUGUGCAUGGCUGUGGAAGAGCAGGAAAAGCCCUGAAGUGACCUAUGACCUUCCACACUGGGAUCGCACAGUAUGGUGGAAGAGCAUGAAGCAGCUGUUGCCCUCUAAAUUGGAUGGGGAAGAGUGUGUUCGCUACAGCUCUACUGCACGAGCGGACCAGAGACCACGAAUGGAGCCUGCAGAAUAUGCUCAGCCGCUGGUAAGUGGUACCAUGACCUCUCUGGGUCAGAGGUCGACAUUUAAGCCAGAGGAAGGAGCUGACCCUGAGUAUGAUGCACCUUUGACCCCUGAACAAUAUCAUGCCUAUGCUGAACCCCUGCCUGCCUCCGGAGCAGAGUAUGCCAUUCCCAUUACGAUUGACAGAGUCAAUCAUGUAUCAGGAGCCUCUCUUGCCUUCCGGGGACCAGGUUUACUGGCUCAAACAGACAGUAGUCAAUCAGGAAUGUCCAUGUAUGACACACCCAAAAGCACAUCUGACCAAGCUGCACCAGCAGAAGGGCAGUUAUACCAGGUGCCUCAGAAUUCCCACAAUACACCAUGCCAAGAAAUAGACUGACCACUCACAGCAUGGUAGCCAAGUCUGGGCUGAACUUUGACCCCAAGGAAGACUACCUUCCUCAGAAAAUGCAGACAAGUAUGUGCAUGUGAGUGCAUGUUUGUGUUUGUGUAAAUGUCAAAUGUUCCUGUCUUUUAAAUAGCGUGCCAUACCAGUCCUAUCACUGAAAUAACACACAAGAAUGUCUAAGAGAGAGAGAAUGACAAAAUUAGACAGGGAGACCGUUACACUACUGUUUUAGGGUGCCUCUAUAUGUAAGUCUGUGUCUAAGUGUGUGCGUGCGUGCGUGUAUGCAUGUGCGUGCACGAGUGUGUAUAUACCUUGUAUCUACACUCAUUGUUGGUUUUAUCAGUUCCAUUUACCAUACAUGUGUCUGUUAGUGUGUGAGAACCAGACUAUAGUGGGUAAUUGUAGAACAACAAAGUGCACCUAUAUGAUAAGUGAACAAUGAGUGUAGAUACAAGGAGGUGUACAUAAUGAAGUGGCUGCUCGGUGUGUAUGUAUGUGUUUUUAUAUAUACAUUUAAUGUACAGAACUAUGCAAAAAGCAGAGACUACCCUUGUCAAUAUUAGUAAACAAACAGAAAACUACACAUAAGGCUCACUAUUUACAUUUAGGUGAUUUUUUUCAGUAUUAAGGGUGUCCACUUUUGACCUUUAUUAUAUCUUUCAAGCAGUCUGCAAGAAUUUUUUUUUUUCACACCUGGGAUUACUUUCACAAACUCUUAGUGAUGUUGAGGUCUGGGCUCUGUGGUCAGAACACCAGCAGCUUCUCUGUUUGAUUUACAAACUGUCUUCUUUUUUUGUGUAUUUCUUUUUCCCAGUAACAGCUUCUUGACAGCUGACAGACUCAUAGUGUGUUCUCAUAGUGGAAGGAAAGUAGUUUAUUUUGUAUCUGAUCUCCUCAGAAAUAUUUCUUGAAAAAUGGAAAACGUGACUGGAAUGAAAUAAACAAAGGGUGGUAUUCAGCUUUUGCACAGUACUGUAUAUGACUGUUCUCUGGCCAUAAACUGUGAGUCCCUAAACAUUUUCUUCAUAGCUGAGAGGAGUCGAUAACAUAGUCUCUAACAUAGUCACAAAAUCCUUUCUGGUGAGAGGCAGUGGACAAAAACAAGCACCUGUAUGUCCAUUGGGUACUUCGCACUGUUCGUUUCAGUCUUAUAUGGUGAACUGAUUACUGUACUUUAUUUUUUCUGUCACUUCCCUUGCCUCCACAAGUUUUGUUCAAAAUCAUCCCUUCUGUUUCCUCUAUCUGACAGUGCCAAGUUAAGAAAGCAUUAAAGAUACAUUCUUUUUUUUUUUUUAAAUAGGUUGCCUGUUCACUGCUAGUUAUCUACACAUGUUGGCUACUAGUGUAAAGGGUCAUUAGCGAUGAACAUAAGGUGUAUAUAUUGCUAAAAAAUUAUACAAAUCCCUCUUCAUCAGCUUCAGCGCUAUAGCUCUUUAGAGUUUAAUAGUUUUUUUUCCCAUCCUCAUCCAUGCAAAAGUAUGUUUAUUAAUCCUGUUUCACACCCAUCUCACAGAAUGAAAACUGUCACUGUUCUCAAAGCCAAUAGUGUUUUGUAUUUAUUUGUUUUUUUUAUUUUUUUAAUUUUUUUUUUAUUUCCUGCUGAGAUAUGACAGCAAUGUAGAGUAUCUAAACCACUAACAGCCCAAAGCUAAGCUGUCCAGCGCUCAUGGAUGCACUGUUGUCAUAGAUACACUGUUGCCGUGCAAUGCCUUUCCAAAUGUGACACUUUCGUGAUGACUUUAAAAAGUACGAAAUGAAGUUGCCAAUGUGCUUGCCAGACAGGAUUCACAGAGGACUUUGACUCAAUACAUUUUACUGUGCUUUAGUCUCCAAUGCCAAAUAAUGGUGAACGGGUCCAAUCUGAUCAGCCAGCCAGCAAUGUAAUGUUCUUGUGUUAGACCAAAUGUUGCCUUUAGGCAAGGCUACAUUCUGACCAAUAUGUGUGAUUUUCUUUCAACCUUUAAUAGUUGGUCAGACACUAAUGCUACAAUCAUAUCUCCACUUGACAUGGUAAGCCUGCAGUCAAAUUAGACAUGAAAAGUGUGUUUUAUGGUACUAAGAAUGUUCAGUUUAGAAUAUUAACAAACAGAAUCUCUGCUUUUCACUGAUCCUGUGACACAGCAGUGGAGGUCAAGAACACAUGGGCUGCCUUGGUGUUACGCAGUGGUCUAAUGUCUACAAGGGCUGAUAGUUUGAAUUUGGGUGUUAAUCCAAACUGUGUAUCCAUGCCUGUGUCUGUGUAUGUUUCGGUGCACUGUAUUCAUGAAUGUUUGUGUGUGUGUUUUGUGUGUUUGUGUGUGUGUGUGUGUGUGUGUGUGUGUGUGUGUGUGUGUGUGUCUGCUGUUCACUGUAAAUGGUUUUCUGAAUUAUGGAUGGUACUGUAGAAUGACUGUAUAGAAAAAAUGAAUUUAAAAUGGCAAAUUAAAGUUUUAAUAAAAAAUAUUAUUUA